GCCCUCCAAGAAAUGAAAUGGACAAAUAGGAGGACACUCAAUUGUCUGAGCCCGGCUUGAAUGAUUUUAGGCCAAUGCCAAGAAACCUUUUCGUUGGAGGAGCAGAACAGGAUCAACUAAGUGAAACAGAUGAUGAUGAAAGGACACCAACUGGGUAUGCAACCCAGCCUGAACAAUUUCAAAUUCCAAUAGGAACAAGGCAAAGAUAUCCCAGACAAGGCAAUGCACAACAUGAACGACCUAAAAGGUCAGUAGAGCCUGCUCGGACAAACGAGCUCGAAGAGAGAACCAGAGUUCUCGAAAUGGCAAUGGGUAAAAUCCUUGCCCGCUUGAUCCCCGAUGAUCCCCUGAUUCCUUUGUUGAACAGGGAUGCACAGCUAGCUGUUGUUGUGGCAACUCGAAACUCCCCCGCUCUGAGUAACAUAGUAGUACCGACCAAACCAAGGGGAAGUGGGAAGUUAAAUAAUGAGCCUAGCUCAUCCAAACACAAUGAAGAACUGAUGAGAAAGAAUGCAGACCUUGAAAGAAGAUGGUAUCAUAAACUCCCCAGACACUCUAUAGACUCAUACUCCCAGCUUGCCAAGCUAUUCUCCAACAAAUUUGUGAGCCAAAGGGAGAUUAAACAUACAGCGACCGAGCUGAUGCAAGUUCAUCAGAAAAAGGGGGAAUCUCUAAGGGACUACAUGCAACGGUUUAACAAGACUACCUUAGACAUUGAUAAUGUUCCCGAUACCAACUGCUUGUCUGCAUUGUUGCAUGGUCUGAAGCCUGGUCGGUUUCUAGACAACUUGUUGGAGAAUCCACCUAAGUCGUGGAAUGAAGUAAAUGACUGGUUGGCAAGCUUCAUAUUGUCCGAAGAUUUUCAAUCUUCCAAGAGACGAGCUGAUGAUAAGCAGGCCCGCAAUGGAAAAUUGGAGGGGUAUGUACAGAAGCCUUACGUUCGGCAACCCACCCAGACCCAUUUCGUGCAAGAGUAUGGCCAACCUCAAGCACCUGGAUAUCAGCUCGGACAGAAAGCAUCUACGCAGAAUCAAAAGGACCACGAACGGGUUGGAAACGGUGGGAUCCCCUCGCCAUCUAGCACAAGCAACAUGAUUUCUGGUGAUAUGCACUCAGGGGGCCAAAGCGCCCGAGGCCGUAAGGCGUAUGCCCGCCAAGUGAUGACUAUUAAUAAGAACCGACCUCUUAAGCGCCCAUUUGAGGAAGCAGAGUGGGAGAAUUCACCCAUCACAUUUAGCCCUGCGAAUUAUAACUCACCAGAUAUCCUGUAUUGGAGCUGCUUUCAAAAAAUGCAGCUGAAUCCCAGCUCGUUGCAAAAGUAUGAAGGGCCUAUUUAUGGCUUUGAUAAUCAGCCCGUCCCAGUGGAGGGAGUAAUUACACUUUCCAUUUAUGUGGGUUCAGAGCCAUGCUUCAAGAUGGCUUCAGUCAGCUUCUUGGUCGUCAAAAUGGAGUUGGCCUUCAAUGCCAUAUUAGGAAGAGCCACCCUCUGUGAGCUGAAAGCUGUUAUUUCUCAACCUCAUCUCUGUAUGAAAUUCCCAACUUCUCAGGGGGUAGGAGUGCUUAAAGGGAACCAGAAGAUGGCCAGAGCCUGCUACCAAGAUACUUUCAAGAAGGUCGAGCUCGCUACAGCCUCGAAAGGCCCUACUGAAACAGAGUUGACAGUCCACAAGCUCAGCACGAACCCCACCAAAAGGGUUCAGAAAUGUCGCCUUUUUGGCCUUGAGAAGCAAGCUGCUAUAAAUGAAGAGAUACAAAAAUUGUUACAGGUAGGCUUCAUCAGGAGGGUGGAAUACUCUGAGUGGGUGUCCAACCCUGUGCUCGUCAAAAAACCAAAUGGCAAGUGGAGGAUGUGUAUUGACUUCACCAACCUAAAUGAGGCGUGUCCAAAAGACCCUCAUCCCUUGUCAAAUGUGGAGAAGCUAGUAGAGUGGGCAGCUGGACAUGAACGGAUGAGUUUCCUUCAUGCUAGCUCAAGUUACCACCAGGUUCAAUUACUGUUGGACGACCAGGAGAAAACAACCUUUUAUGCUGGUGACGCAAUCUACUGCUAUGUCAUGAUGCCAUUAGGCUUAAAGAAUGCUGGUGUAACGUAUCAGAAGUUGAACUUGCGCCAAGCCCAAAUGAAGCUGAAUCCCCUGAAAUGCACGUUCGCUGUAGAGUCAGGAAAAUUCCUAGGGUUCAUAGCCAGGUUGGCAGAAAGAUGCCUCCCGUUCUUCAAAGCCCUGAGAGAGCCCAAGAACUUUCAAUGGACAAAUGAAUGUCAGCAGGCGUUUAACGAGCUCAAAAAAUACCUGGCGUUAGCACCCCUACUAUCUAAACCUGUGGAAGGAAAGAGUUUAUACUUGUAUAUGGGGGUCACAGAGGAAGCAGCUGUAGCAGAUUUCCUAGUGGAAUGCAUCUCGGUGACUGGGGAAGAAAAGGCACCUAAGCACCCAGUCUGGGUCUUGUAUGUUGAUGGAGCUACUAACAUUGAAGGAUCGGGUGCUGGGGCUGUGUUAGUGGGCCCAGAUGACUUUAAAUCUGAGCAUGCACUGAGCGACUCUCAACUCGUUGUGGGCCAAGUGAAUGGUAGCUGUGAAACCAAGGAUCCUCAACUUGGUCGUUAUGCUUCUGUGGUCAACAAAUUGAAGUCAGGAUUUGUCUCCUUCCAAAUCAACAAAAUACCAAGAGCUAAUAACCACCGAGCUGACGAGCUGUCAAAAUUGGCCUCCUCGCAGGACAUUAACCCUCAGAGAUCCACAUUUGUAGAGCUACUUGACGCCUUAAGCUACACCGAUUUGACAAUUGAGUGCCACAAGCUGCCUAAAGAUUCGUCCACAGCAAAGUUGGUUAAACGCAAGGCCGCACAUUUUACCCUAUUAGAUAAUCAGCUUUACAAGCGGGCAGCUUCAAUGCCCUUACUACGCUGCCUUACUCAGUAUGAAGCUGAAUACGCAGUGAGAGAAGUUCAUGAAGGAGUAUGUGGCACACACAUAGGUGGCAAAACUUUAGCUUGGAAACUCCUGAGGCACGGUUAUUACUGGCCUACUAUGGUUGAGGACGCACAGAGUUAUGUCAAAAAGUGCCCAACCUGCCAGUUCAAUGCUAAUGAUAUUCACAUGCCAAGUAUUCUUUGGUGGCUUAAGCCAGUGGUAUCGUAUGCAAAUAUAGUGUAUGACUCAGCUCGGUUAUUUGUGUACAAGUUUGGCAUACCUAAGCAGAUCAUCGCCGAUAAUGGUCCACAGUUUCGAGCUGCGGCGUUGAGGUCGUUCUAUGACGACUAUGGCAUUGAGCUCGCCUUGACAUCUGUAUACACUCCACAGUCAAAUGGACAAGCCGAGUCUAGCAAUAAAAUCGUCUUGGGAGGUCUCAAGAUGCGUGUUUUAGCUGCACGUUCUAAUUGGGUUGACGAGCUCAAUAAAGUACUUUGGUCAUGUUGCACCACACCCAGCUCGGCCACCAGCGAAACUCCACUUAGCCUUACCUAUGGAGCAGAGGCCGUCAUCCCAGCAGAGGUCGGACUGCCAUCUGAUAAAGUGGGUCAGUAUGACGAUCCUAGCAAUGAGCAACUUUUGAGAGAGAACCUAUACCUGGUAGAAGAGGUCAAGGAGAUGUCUCGAAUCAGAAACAUGGCGUAUCAAGGUCACGUAGCAAAAUUCUAUAAGAAGAGGGUCCGAGCUCGCUAGUUUCAGAUAUGCACGGGCACCAGUUACCAUUUACAUGGAAUGUUUAGAAUCUUAGAAAAUUUUACUGUUGAUUUGUAUUAUUGCUGGGUAUUUAGAGAACUUGAAUGAUGUAUGAAUGUAAUGCAAAUAAUACACACAGUUCUUC